AUUUACCCGUUGAUCAUCACCACCAUCACCAUCACCAUCAGCGUCCGCCUGAAUCACAAGACAGAACAUUCCCAAUCAUGCCAGAGCAUUCUUCUACCACGGCAGCGGCUGUUACACAGGUCCCAGUCGGCCUGCUGACCUGUCAGCACACACCAUAUCUGACGACCAUGACCACCUCGGUCCUCUCAUGUUCCAGCAAGCCCAACAAGCAAAAGCUGUACGAGGUGCAUCUCCAGGACACAGUCCUGUUCCCUGAGGGGGGUGGCCAACCCUGCGACUAUGGCACCAUCAAUGAGACUAUUGAGGUCAAGAACGUGCAGAGGGUUGGUACCAACCAUGUCCACCACAUCACCGCACCUAUGGAAGAGGGCGCCGAAGCUAGGCUAGCGCUCGAUUGGGUCCGCCGGUUCGAUCAUAUGCAGCAGCACAGCGGCCAACAUCUGCUCAGUGCUGUUUUUGAACAGCCCGAGUUCGGCUGUGAUACAUUGGCAUGGGGAAUGAACGCUACAAGGUGCUAUGUUGAGCUCUCCAAGGCACCAACUCUAGAGCAGGUUCAACAGGUUGAGGAUCGACUGAACCUCUACAUUCGCCGCAACUAUCCAGUCCACAUCACCUUCACGGAUCAGCGUCCAGCUACCUUGCCCAAAGAUUACGUGGGUCCCAAUGGUGUCUUUAGGGUGGUUGAGAUCAUGGAGGACCUCGAUGUGAUUGCUGCAGAACAGGAUCCCCUCAACCACAAGGACCAGGAUCAGCUGAAUGGAGAACCCCCUAAGAAGCAUGGACUCGUUCGGCUCGACUACAACCCCUGCUGUGGAACCCAUGUCAAAUCACUUAAGGAUCUGCAAUGUAUUAAAAUCCUGCACCAGGAAAAGAUUCGGGGCGCCAACUGUCGACUGUUCUUUGUUGUUGGUCAGAGAGCUCUCAAUCUCUUGCAAGAGACCUAUCAGCUCACCAGGGACCUUGGUAGUGUCCUCUCUGCACCUGGAGGGCCUGAAACCUUUGUUGAAACAGUGGUAAAAACCCAAAAGCAAGGCCGAGAGGCGUUCAAGCAAGUUAAGACCCUGUUCAAAGAGAUUGCGACGUAUCAGGUUCGGGACUGGAUCCAGGAACUGAAGGACAAGAACCUUAUUAAUGAAGGCGGGUCAAGUACACCGUACUUGAUUAAGUACCACCGUGAGGACGCGGACAUGGACUUCCUGAUUGUCUUGACAUCUCUGCUCAAGGAUCAUGACUUAGUUAAAGGCCAGCGGAUCUUUGUUCUCUCGGCUGGUGAUAAGAAGGAAGGUGGACCGAUAAUCAUCACAGGACAAAACGAGGACAUGGUCAAGAAGGUCGCGGACGAGAUUAGCAAGUUUGUCGAGGUCAAGGGCGGAGGGAAGGGGAGGUGGCAGGGCAAGAGUAGGUCGUGGAAGGGUCUUGAGACUGCUCAUGCUGCUGCUGACACUUUGAUCUCCAGCGAAGGCGCUAUGUAAAAGCGACGAUGUACUUAUACACGAAUAGGUACUUUACAGACAAUAAAAACAGCGUGUCCUUCCGUG